AUGUCUGUCAUCGACCUACCUAUCGACGUCGUCUGCGAGUUCUUCAGACAGGCUGCUCUCGCCGAUCCGCCACGACGCAAGAAGGGCGACACAAUCGACGAUCUAUAUUUCUCCCGCAGCCGUCCUCAGGGCUUUGCCCUGGGCUGGAUCAUACUCACGCAUGUCUGCCGCCAAUGGCGCACCAUCGGCAUCGAGCAUAUGGCGCCUUUGUGGGCUUCCAUUGUAACGGUCUUUCAAAAGCCAGCUAUCGCGGAUGAGCUCGCUUCCAGAGCACGUGACUGCGAUCUUAAUUUGAACGUUACCGGCUGGUAUGGGAGCCCGUCUCCCAAACAGAAAGAGAUGCACGAUUGGGUUGUCGAGCGUGUACAGCGUGCACGUUCCCUGUACUGCCACCCUCCACUCAACAUCAAUCGCGCCGGAAACACGAUGCGGGCCGCUCUUGAUGGGAACCACCUUCCUGCCCUUCGGCAGCUCGACUUGAGGUCCGACCCUAGCUACCACAACGACGACUCGUUGAAUAUAUUCGAGCUCAAUGCACCGUACUUGAUCACCGCGAACUUGUCGAACGCGUUACCUGCACCUUCUUCUUCGCUGCAAAACCUGCGCGAGCUGCAGCUCGAUUUUGCGCAGAGCCUGUCUCCUAUCUCCAUGAAGCGAAUCAUCGAUCUUCUCCGCGUACCCGUGAGACUCGAGAAGUUGUCAUUGCGCUGCACGCACCGCAUCACCGCGCCUGAGGAUCCGGACUCAGUUGCCGAUGUCGUUAAGCUCGAAUACCUCACCAAGCUCGAGCUCGUCCUUCGGGACGCAGACCAUGCUUCCGAGUUAUUGGAUAGUAUCAGCGCCCCGAGCGUCAUAAUCUUCAAGCUGAACGUACAACUCGCCCCGACGGAGUCCUUGCAUAAGCUGCUCGGAGAGUCAAUUCAGCCGUACCUCGCUCAGCAGCCGUUUGACAUCGUAUCUUUCACGACGAAUCAGCUCAUCCUCGCGCAAUCUCACAACCACGACGGCGAUAGUGCCGGCAGACUGGACUCUGUAUUCGCGUUGUACUUCCCUCAAGUCUCCCAGCCGAAGGCGUAUGCCGAAGUACUCGACGUCCUCGCAAGCAACUCUGCUUCCACGUUCUCGGCCAUCAUCCGUUGCGAGCUCGGACCCGCGGUGGACCAUCAAUAUGAUCCAUACGAUUUGGAAAGGCCAGAGACUGUCACUGCAUUCAGGGCAGCUCUCGAGCGUAUUGGGGGUGUCAUGGUGAACGCCUCCACCGUGUGUCUCCCCGGAGACACCCUGCACUACCUCGCGCUUGAGCUCAUGGCGCAGCAACCGCCGGACUCAUUCUUCCCCGCGUUGAAGAGACUCGGCGUCGGAAACGGUAACGAUGGGCUUACGAAGUACACGGAGGAGAGUGCGGGUAUGUGGUGGGAUACCCUGCAGGAAGGGCUGAGGAACCGCAUGCGCUCCGAGAAGCCCGUGACGAGCGUGGUACUGGAAGGCAAGUGGUGUACACGCGAGCCGUGGACGCACGCGUGGACGAGGAGGGUGAUGGAGAGUCGCAAGAUUGGGCUGACGGAGAAGGCCAUCGACGUGCGGGAUCUGCUUAAUGCGUGCCAUUAUUGCCAGAUGAACCUUUUGGGUAUCAUGUCCUGGAUCUGA